AAAUUUUCAGCAAAUUCCAAGAUGAAAAUGGCAAAUUCAAGGAGUCUCUAGCUAGUGAUGUCUUAGGAUUAUUGAACUUGUAUGAAGCUUCACAUGUAAGGACUCAUACUGACAACAUCUUAGAAGACGCACUUGCUUUCUCCACUAUCCAUCUUGAAUCUGCAGCUCCAUAUAUGAAUUCUCCACUUAGGGAGCAAGUGACACACGCCCUUAAGCAAUGUUUGCACAAGGGCGUUCCUAGAGAUCGGCUUCCUGAUUACGUGAAAAUCAGUUAUAAAGCUAUUCUAGAUCUUUACAAGGAUUAUGAAAAGGAACUGUCUAGUGCUGGAAGAUCUCAUAUUGUCUGCCAUGCAAUUGAAAGAAUGAAAGAAGUAGUAAGAAAUUAUAAUGUCGAGUCAACAUGGUUUAUUGAAGGAUAUAAGCCACCCGUUUCUGAAUACCUAAGCAAUGCACUGGCAACUACUACAUAUUACUACCUUGCGACAACAUCGUAUUUGGGUAUGAAGUCUGUUGCGGAGCAGGAUUUUGAGUGGUUGUCAAAGAACCCUAAAAUUCUUGAAGCUAGUGUGAUUAUAUGCCGAGUAAUUGAUGACACUGCAACGUACGAGGUUGAGAAAAGCAGGGGACAAAUUGCAACAGGUAUUGAGUGUUGCAUGAGAGAUUAUGGUGUAUCAACUAAAGAGGCAAUGGAUAAAUUCCAAAAAAUGGCUGAGACAGCAUGGAAGGAUCUUAAUGAAGGACUUCUUAGGCCAACUCCUAUAUCUGCAGAGUUUUUAACUCCUAUUCUCAAUCUUGCUCGUAUUGUUGAGGUUACAUAUAUACACAACCUAGAUGGAUAUACUCAUCCGGAGAAAGUCUUAAAACCUCACAUUAUUGACCUACUUGUGGAAUCCAUUCAAAUUUGAGCUGCCAAUUGUUGCUCUUCAUAAGGAAACUUCAUUCUUCUUUGUUAAGAAAGUAGUUACAUAUUUGUUUAUUUUAAUUCUAUUGUAUAAUUAAGUUGUUAGGGAGCUGCUUUCGCGGUUGUGCAGUACACUUCCUAACUAGGACCUCCUUAAUUAAUAUCCUUGUAAGAAAUAAUCUACAAGUGUUAUGAAUUCACUUGCAUUAUUGAGAAAUCUUGUUAUAUAACAGUAAGUUAAGUUAUGUAGCUUGUUAUGGGAGUCUUACUUAUCUUAUAAAUUGUCCCUUAUGACUUA